CGAGCGCAGCCGGAGGAACUGCGACAUCACGCAAAAGCCUCGUUAAAUUUGCGUUCCACGCACCGCACUCGAGGAGAAAACGCACCCAAAUCCACUCCUCCAGUCCUGUGAUCCCUCACGCCGCCCCACCAAAUCCGUCGCCCGCCCCACCACCGGAGCCCCAAACCCGAACGCCACUCCCACUCCCGUCUUGCGUCAACGAAACAACCGCCCCCAAAAAAUUAAUUGCCCCGCGGGUGGGGUGGGGUGACGAACUGACGACUCGCGCGAGACGACCAAGUCCUCGGUUCGGUCGCGCACCAGAACCUGACCGACCUGCCGCGCCUCCUUUUCUCCGCCCCAAAAAAGCUGGCACGGUUGCCGUGCCGUUAUAUACGCCAAACAAAACGCCCGUGCGCCGUGCGCAAAAACUCGCUCGUCUCCUGCGUGCCAGCCGACGCUGCUCGCCGCGCGCGAAUUGUAAACUUGUGACGCUAGCUGCGCGUUCCGCAUGGCCAUGUGCACGCCCGCGACGGGCCGCGGGCGCGUGCGGCUGAACGUUGGCGGGCGGGUGUUCGAGACGACGGCCGCGACGCUCGCCAGCGCGGGGCGGGACACCAUGCUCGGGGCCAUGCUGGACGCCUCCUGGAACGAAUGUUGUCCUGCCGCCGCCGGCGGCGACAGCGUGGACGAGUACUUCAUCGACCGCGACCCGGCCUGCUUCGCCGUGCUGCUCGACCUGCUCCGCACGGGCGGGCUCCAUGUGCCGCCGGGCGUCCCCGAGGCGACGCUCUACCGUGAGGCACUCUACUACGGCCUCCUCGACCGCGUCCGCGCCGCGCGCCUGGGGGAGUUCGACGGCGAUCGCUUGCGCCUGGCCGCGUCCGUGUCCGGCCGCGCGCCGGGGGACGGCACAGCCGUCCGCGCGGCUCCCGACGGUGGCUGCUGCGUCUCGCACGGCGGCGCCGUGCGCGUGUACAACUGGAUGCUCGAGGAACGCCGCCCGGUGUACCUCGACCACGCGCCGAUCAACGACGCGGAAUACCUCGACGCGGCCACGCUCGUUGUCGCCGCGAGGAAGCGGCCCAGCAGGCGCGACGGUGGCGUGGCCGCCUUCUCCGCGCUCACGGGCGACCUGCGCCACCGCUUCCGCGUCGCGCACGAUCGCCAGGUCAGGUCCUUCACCGCCGGCGCACUGGCCUUCGACGGACGAUCUAACAUCUUCGCGAGCUGCAAGGGCCGGUUCAACGAAUACGGCAUCGGUGUCUGGGACUGCACCACCGGCGUGCAGGCCGACUUCUUGUACGAGCCGCCCGGUUGCGCACUGGGUGAUGCCGACAAGCUCCAAUGGCUCGACGACGCCAACACGCUCAUGGUGGCCACGAUGUUUCCACGGACCGACUCCUCCUUCAUCAGCCUGCUAGACUUCCGGGACAAGAGCGUCGUGUGGUCGUGGUCUGACGUCGGCACGCCGGCAUCGCUCGAGGACAAGCACGCCGUCCACGCCAUCGUAAUGGACGACCAAAGAACGGUCUGCGUGAUCAACCAGUACGGCGACCUCGGGUUUCUUGACCUCCGGAGCAACGCCGGCGGCGUGCGGUGGAAGUCGCGGAGCAAGCUGAGCUUGAGCAGGAAGACGAAGGUGCAAAGCGAGGAGACGUGCUACCCGAAGCUCGCGGUGCACGGCGGUCAGCUGUUCGCGUCAACGAAUGACGCCAUCUCGGUGUUCAGCGGCCCCGACCAUGUGCUGACGUCGACGUUGCGGGGGAACAACGGCGGCGCCAUCUGCGACUUCUCCAUUGGCGGCGACCGCCUCUUCGCCCUGCACAACGAGGAGAAUGUGUUCGACAUCUGGGAGACGCCGCCGCCGGCGAUCAUCUGACAGUCAGAGGAUUAGUCUUGUAUCAGUGGAGAAAGAAUUACUGACAAAGGUUUCGACAGCAAAACACGCUGUAACUUGCUCA